AUGGAUGUGAAUGUUCCGGAUGUUGUACUUGUAUUCAGUGGCAAGCGGAUCGGGAAAGAUUUUACAACUGAUAUUUUACUAGAGCGAUUGGGUGCAGAUUUGUGCGUAAUACUGAGACUGUCUGCACUCAAACUUCAAUAUGCGAAGGAAAACAAUUUGGACUUCAAUAAGUUACUUGAUGCCACCAGCUAUAAGGAGGACCACAGGGCAAAGAUGAUCAAGUGGGGUGAGGAGCAACGCCAGAAAAACCCAGCAUACUUCUGUGGUUUGGCUAUCGAAGAUGCAUCACCAAACCACAAAGUAUGGAUCAUCAGUGACGCUAAGCAAACUGAUGUGGUGUUUUUCAAAGAGAAUUACCCCAAGCAGACUGUCACUGUAAGAGUGACUGCAGAUGACAGUGUUGAUGAUGCAGAGUCUGAAUGUGGCUUAGACCAGGGAGUAACUUGGGACUUCAUCGUCUCCAAUAAUG